AUGAAAAUUAGAUCAUAAGAGAAAAUAUCUAAUUGCUAAAAAUAGCUUAAUCACUUGAUUUCAUAACUGAGAAUGAGCUCUAUUUUACUUAUAUACUCCUUUUCUAUCUUUUGUUUAUCAUUUAUAAUUCUUUUGGUUUGUUCAAAUAUAUAAUUGAAUGUUGCAACAAAUUAAGUACAAGAGAUCUCAGAAUAAUUGUUGUCAUUAUAAAAUAAUAGGUAUAAACAUAAAUAGACAAUAGGGCCUUAAACAUUCAGUCAUAAGAAAUAAUAUAAAUCCUAAGCUUUAUUUUUUAUAUGAUAACCACAAAAAUGUCUAAGUUGAAUUCAAUAUAUUAUUGGUCUAGUUAAAUUGAUUUGAAGAUAAAUCAAGAAAUUAUGCCUUGUUAAGUUUCAUAAUUGUUCAAUGAGAAUAUUUAAAAGUAUUUUGCAUGUUACUCUAAUUCAGAUUAUUUUCAGUAAAGCAAUAUGGAAGAUGUAUAAUUAGUUAAACUUAUGAAUCUGCUUUAUAUUAAUGAAUAUACAUUUGAUUUUUUUAUAGUUUCUCAUUAAGUGUACUUGGUUUCAUUUUUAGAUAAUCUAUUGACUGGAUAUUAUCCAACUAAAUUAAAAAAUGAAUCAUUAGAAAUAAUUUAGUAAGAAUGGUUUAUUAAUUAUAUUACAGAACUUUAACAAAGCAAAUAGUUUAUACCUUAUAAGCUUUCUCCACUAAUAAGAAUGGAUAAUUACGAUUAUUUAUUGUCAGCAUUCUCAAUGGUUUUUGUUGAUUCAAAAUAUAAUGUAGGAGGAAUAGGAUCAUUAUUAAUUAAUCUUCGUAAUAUAGAAGAAUUUGUUUAUGUUAAUAGUUUAAGUAUUAUUCUGGUUUAUGAUGAUGGAAUAAUUUUGUAUACAAAAAGCUACAUCAAUUAAGGUAUUGCUAAAGAUUUAGUUUAUAUUUAUGAUGAAGAAAAAACUGGAUUUAAUAUCUCUGAUUGGAAUGAUAUCAAAUAUUCAAUCAACAAUUCUGCAACACCAGUUUAUAAAUAUAACAGCUUACUUAAAAGCAACAUGUAUAUUAAAGCCUCACAAUAACCAAAUACUCCAUUAAUAUCAUUAAUGUAUAAUUUAUAUUUAAUAUAAAGUUUAACAAAUUUAACAUAUGAGAAUGAAAUAAUUAAAGUUCUUGAUGAUUAAAUAUCUAUAGUCUUAUCAUGGUAUACUUAGACAAAUUUGUACACAAUAAUGAUUGGAAUUAUUAUAAUCUUAGUUACAUUAGUUCCAUUAAAAUUAAUGUUUAAAUCAACAAAUAUAGUUAUAGAUAAGAUUAUCAGAUAUUUAAAAGGAAAAUUUGACUACAAAUUAAAGUAUGAUUUAAUGAGUGGAACUUAAUUUCAUUCAAAUAAUAAUUCACUAAAUUAACUUUAAAUAUCAUAUCAAAAAUUAGAUUAAGUUUUGAAUUCAUCUUAAUUCAAAAAAUCAGAAUAAUGUAUAAUUUUUGAAAAAUUUCAAUUUAAAAGAUAAGAAUAAAUGAAACUAAAUAUAUCAUUGAAUCAAUUGAAUGAUUUUAAUCAAUCAUUAAAUUUAAAAUAAUUUAAUCAACUUAUAAAACAUCAAAUUGAAGAAAGCGAAUGA